AGCUCAACAACGGCAAGGAAUCCGUCGCUUGCCGAUCGAGACUCGAGAGUAGUUCGAAACCCCCCCUUCUCGGAGUUGGAAACGAAACACCGAGGAGCCCCCGCGCGAGCCGGCGGCGACGGCGGCCGGAGCAGCUUUGCAGAGCUUUUCGAGGUUGAGGAGCCCCCGCGCGAGCCGGCGGCGACGGCGGCCGGAGCAGCUUUGCAGAGCUUUUCGAGGUUGCCAGGCGGAUUCACCAUGCGGAGGAAGCUGCUGGAGUUCCCGUCCCUCAUCGCGCAGCACGCCCUCCGCGGGGCCCCAAAACCCAGACCCCAACCCCAGCCCCACCACCACCGCUUCGUGCACUCCCCCUCAGCGCCCACAUCCGCAUCCCCUUCCCCCUCCCCGUCGGCCCACCUCCUAUGGAAUCGCCUCUCCGGCGCUACCGGGCUCUCUCUCCUGCCGAGGACGGCUGCGGACGUCGCAGCGGUCGCGCGGACCGCCGCGUCCCGGUGGCUGGCCGCCGCGCGCGGCUCCGGCUCUCUCGAUCUCUUCUCGUUGCAGCGGCGACGCAGGGCCUCGUGGUGGCAGUUAUCGUCUUCCCCUUUCCUCCAAGGCGCGCCCUGGGCGUACUGGAUGGAGUCUCCCGACAGUGCGGUGUGGAUGCUUAUCGGUGCGAAUGUAGCUGUCUUUAUGCUGUGGCGUGUGGCUGAUCCAGGGUUCAUGAGGAGGCAUUUCAUGAUUUCACUAGACAAUUUGAAGAGCGGACGGUUGCACACCUUGCUCACGAAUGCUUUCAGCCAUGCUGAGUCUAAUCACCUCUUUGCCAAUAUGAUUGGCCUCUACUUCUUUGGGAACAAUUGGCAAAUUCCAAUUGAGGAUCAAAAUUGGUGGCAAAUAUGCAAUUCUCCCACCAUAUUAAGCAUCUCAUUAGAAACAGAUGUGAUUGCAAAUGUGUUUGGUCCGGCCUUUCUAUUGAAGUUGUACGUUGGUGGAGCACUUACUGGAUCAGUAUUCUUCUUGCUGGAGAAGGCUUUUCUAGCUCAUCGGAAACAGGAUUAUGAAGGAUGGGAUACUUCAAGAGUUGCUGGACUUGGUGCAAGUGCCGCAGUUAAUGCAACUAUCCUCCUUCAGAUUUUUCUGUAUCCCAAGGGACUAGUGUAUCUUUAUUUCCUCAUUCCUGUUCCAGCUGCACUUAUGGGUGCAGCCAUAAUUGGUGCUGAUUUACUUAGGUUGAAGAGGCAUGGCGAGGUAUCAGGUUCAGCUCAUUUAGGGGGUGCCCUGGUUGCUGCUCUUAUGUGGGCUCGAAUUAGGAAAGGCUGGAUCUGAUCUUCUAGCGUCAUGUUAUAUGUGUAUGGAAAGAAAGUGUAAAGGCAACCAUCUGCCUCCACCUUGUGGCCCAUCGGGUUGAAAUUUGCAUUUGUUAUCAGAUAAUUUGCUUAGAGUUGAGGGGAUGUGCCUUCUAAAACAUGCUACUUUCUGUCCUGGAUAAUGUUGUGGGCUUGUGGCGGAUAUUGUCAACUUUGGCAGCUGAAAUUUUAAGAAUGUUAUCCUGUCAAAGACAAUGUGGGUUCACUGUUUUCA